AUGGCAGCUACUGCAACGCUAGUUGGGGCUUUGGCUUGCCAAAGAAACUCUUUCCUAGCUGAAGGCUUCGAGACGACGGUCUUAAAAUGCGAGAAAACCAAGGAAGACAAGAUCUUCGAAGUGCAACUACAGGACACGAUAUUAUUCCCUGAGGGUGGUGGUCAGCCAAGCGAUCUUGGAGAGCUAGUUGUGGACUCAAAUGAUCGAAAGGUUUCUGUUUUUGGUGUCGAAAGGAGAGGUUUGCAAGCCAUUCAUCGAGUCAAUGAAUUUGUCGAACCCGGUACUUCCGUCAAGGUUACCGUUGAUUGGCAAAGAAGAUUUGAUUUUAUGCAGCAGCACACGGGACAGCACUUAGUCAGUGCCAUUUUAGAUCAGUGGGAGCUUCCAACGCUUUCUUGGUGCAUGGGAGGAGUCCCAACAUACAAAAACCCGACUCCUGGACCAACCGAAUUAUUUAACUACAUCGAAAUUGGGAGGAAAUUGACUGCUGACGAAAUUUCUAAACUGUCGCACAUUUGCCAUGAACACAUUACUGUCAACCCGCAAAAGGUGACAGUUGUCGAGAAUCAGAAAGACGACGAGGCCUGUGAGAAUGAUCAGGCAGAUAUAAAUAUGUCCAAAAUUCCUGAUGAUUACGAUGUCGCUAAGGGCGUGGUGCGGACAAUCCAUAUCGGAGAUAUGGACGCAAAUCCCUGCUGCGGGACUCAUCUGACCUCCACUGCCCAGAUUGGUUCGAUAUUCAUUUCUCCUAAUCAAGGCGCAGUGAGGGGAACAAACUCCAGGAUUUAUUUCAUGUGUGGCUAUCGAGUGCUCAAAUACACCACUUUUGCAAAUGCAUUAUUAGGUCAGAUGAAGUCCUUGUUAUCAUGCUCAGAACCUACUAUUGUCGAAAAAGUAAGCUACCAGCUAGAGUCUGCCCAAAAAACCACUAAACGUGAGCAAUACUGGAAGAAAAAAAUUGCUACUGUCGACGCUUCAACUGCUUUCAAUGCUCUGAAGGAGCAUGGGAAAUGCUAUUACUCACAAGAUGAGUUUGGGUCCCUGGACUAUCUCACAUUGGUGCAUAAAGAAAUAGAAUCGAAAAUUACCCAUUCAAAAUUAAGAGACUACGUCGCUGUCAUUAGCGGAAGGGAAAAGGCUACAAAUUCUGGUGCUCUAAUCGUAGUUUCAGAUAGCGCUGACAAAAUUGCCUCAGUGACUUCGAAACUCCAAGAAAUUUGCCCAACUUUGAAAGGUGGUGGUGGUAAGAAAGGUGGAAAAUGGCAAGGUAAAGUGGUCUCGUUUAAGGGCCAAAUUUGGGAGAAUUUAAACGACUAUCUUUCUGAGAAUUUUAAAAAAGUUGCUUAG